GAGGGCCAGUGAAGAAAUACAAUUACUUAAGUGAUGCAUUUGAAUGCAUGUUUUGUUAUUGUGGCAAUUACCUGUAUAAGCAGCUACAAUAACGAGAGCCUUUACUGACCAUUGAUAGUGAAAUACCGACCUCAUGUGUCAAUUUCCAUUCAGUGCAUCUCGAGAUUUGCGUGUCUAAAACAACAAUCUCGAGAGUUUUUGGACGAACUCGACCACCGUACUCGAUACCCUUUCCCCUCUAUUUCCCUACGACGAGUUUUUUUUCUUUCUAACUUUUAGCUAAAUUUGUAUCUUCAAUUUUCAGUUCCUUUGCAUAGACAGUCAUUCUAUUUUUUCGUUUUCCAUCAUGUUCACGACCACCGGUUCCCGAGGGCUCGGUAGGUCGUUGAUUGAUUGGUUGCCUCCCCCCACAGAUAAGGCCCCCCUGUCUAAAGGUCUCCUCCUGGUCCUCAGUGGUCUGACUGUCGUGCUAACCCUCCUGCCCCAGUACCAUCACCUGUUCACCUACAGCCUACAGGCCAUCACGCAGCAGCAACAGGUAUGGCGGUUAGUGUGUGGCAGACUGAUCUGUCUGGACCUAAAGGACACCUUCUGCAACAGUCUGCUAAUCUACAACUUUCGCAUCUUCGAGAGACGGUUUGGCAGCAGAAAGUUUGCUUCCUUCCUGUUUGGGACGUGGGUCCUCACUGCACUGAUGGACUUCCUGCUAGCCGAAGCAUUUCACUACCUGUUUGACUACCAGGUGGCUGAGCUGCCUGCCGGACUGCUAGGACCAGUGUUCAGCCUGUUUGUACCUUUCUACUCCUCCAUCCCCAAAGUUCCAGUCACUCAACUCCUGGGUCAGAUCUCCAUAACUAACAAGUCCUUGGUUUACAUUGUAGGCCUGCAGCUCCUAACCUCCAGUCCAUACAUGUGGCUCGUUGCUCUUAGUGGACUGAUCUCUGGGAAGCUGUACCACAGUAAUGCUCUGAGGGUGCAGCGGCUUCUCUUCGUGCCCCGGUGGCUGUCCCGUGUAGGGGCCUUCCUCCUAGAGCCCCUGUUCUCCGGGCUCCCGCCCCCCAAUGACACCCCCCUGGGCAUGGGGGCUACGCUGGACAUCCAGAGACAGCAGAGAAUGGACCUCCAUGAUCAACAGAUGCUGCUGGCCCAGUUCAACCAGGCUAGGAGGAACCACAGACCGCCACAGGAUGGCCUAAUGAACUGGAACAGAUUUUUCCCCUCGCUGAGACACAGAGGACAGAACCUUCCCCCAGAGCCACAACCACACCCCUCUCCACAGCAGCCACACCCCUCUUCACCGCUGCAGCCACAUCCCUCUCCACAGCAGCCACACCCCACUCCACAGCAGCUCCACCCCACAGCUCCACCACUGCAGCUGGCGCCCACGGCUCCUCCCUUGGACAACACUCUUGUAGCCGAAGAACAGGUUGCCAGAUUGAUGGAGAUGGGUUUCUCCAGAAUAGAUGCUCAGGAUGCCCUCAGAGCGUCCAACAACGACAUCAAUGUGGCAACCAACUUUCUGCUGCAGCAUUUAGGGUAGGGAGGAGUUGGAAAGAUGUAGAACCUGAGAGAGGGAAGAGGGGACAGAAUGUGGUCUUGGUCCGACCCAGUGAGCAGGGCCCUGGGGUUGGAGGUCAGGGUGACUGGGCUGCUCUGGAACUCCACAGGACUACACAGAGAUGAACUCAACACAGACUACACAGUUACUAGGAGGAAAGGAGAGAGGAGGACAUUGGAAUGCUGCUGCUGCUGUUUUCCACCGUGUUUCCUGAAGGGUGAAGAGGGCUGUCCACAGUGCUUCCUGGUAGUGGGUGCUCAGCCCUGUUCCAGAUACUCUGGAUACUCUGUCCUGUCACCGUGCUGCUGAGGGACAGAAGAUGGAGGAUCAGAAGGCUGCUAUUCUCAGGGUUUGUUGCAUCUAGUGUCUUCUCUAUACUCUGGUUCAUUAAGGCUUCCUCCACCUCACACACACCAUCGCCCAGAAAACAUACACGCACACACAUGCUCGCCAGUCCCUCAAGGUUUUCUUUUGCGUCAUUUGUCCAUGGACAGUGAUUACAGGAGUUUGUUUGAUGACUUCUGCAAACACUCAGAAUCAGAAUUAAUCUGAAGUCUUAAAGGGGUUUGAAAUGAGGAGAAUAUACUAAAUGAUUUAUGGAAACUGUCAAUCUUGUAUUCUCAAUGAAAAACGUGUGCACAUGUAAUACUGAGUGUAUGGCUUGUAUGUAUAGCUGCUCAGUGGCUACAUUCUGGUUAACCACACUGUGGAAUAAAAUCAUGCUGACAAGAUAUUAAUGAUGAAAAUUACUGUUUCACAAGUUUUUUUUCCACAAAAUCAUUGAGGACAUAACACUUUAUUUAUUGCAUUCUUAUUUACUUUUUGGUUUAUGUGACUGACUGUAUAAGCUGAGGUGUGCUUGUUGUUUGGUUAACCUAUGCCAGUGUGUGUUAUUACGCGACAGAUGACAAAUUAACAAGAUCCGCUUCCAACCACUGAAAUAUAUGCAAUGCACUCUGCUCUGCUGUGGUAACAGUGCUGUCCAUACAGCGCUACAACAGUAUAAUGGUCAAUGAAUAAACCUACCUCUCACCUUCA